CGGCUUCGCGGAUUCCGAUUAUGCCCCUUUUUCCCCACUCGCACCGCCCUACUCGCCUUUUCCGAGAGUCGCGGCUCCCCCCCCCACGUGUGGGCGCCACGUGGCAAACGCGUCAUCCCAGCUACGCGCCGCAACAGAGACUCUUCACCACGCGCCAUUUUCCCGCCCGAGGCUCUCUGUUUCUUUCCCGCGCUUUCUAGACUUCGACUGGUUUUUUGGGGAGAGGGAAAGCGGACCGGCGACUGGGGACGAUGGAGAGGUGGGUCCCACUGUUCAACAUCUUCCUCCACUCCCCCACGCCGGAGACUGACGCUUCCCGGUGGCUGCAGGAGUCCUUCAACGCUGCUUCCGCCGCGCCGAUCACCACUGCCUCCUUCCUCUCUCUGCUCGCGGAACCCCAAACUGCGAUCAUCUCCGGCUCGUCUUCAUCGUCGCCGAUGAAUCCUCAAACGAAGAGAAUCAUGUUUAUGCAGACUUUGCCCAGCUCAGUUCAGUCGCGGAUACUGUCGUUCCUUGCUUUUGAGCACCGGAGGUUCUCUGCUGGGGAUUUGUCGAAGCUUGCCCGAGGCAUUCUGAGCAGCGAUGGGGGGACUGACUUUUGGGUGGAGAGAGCCGCGCGUCACCUGUUCGACGUCGUGUCCCAAUCAAACUGUUCACGUGUUCUUAACUCAAGUUCAAACUCUGUGGAAGAGGGUGCGAGAAAUGAGUUUGAACAUGUUCCGGGAUGGCUAGGGAGCAUGUUGGGUGGGAAAGGGACGGUCUUUCCCUGGCUUCCUGUAUCUGUGGAAGAUUGCAAAGCUGGAUGUUUAGUUGGUUCAUACGACGAUGAUAAUGACGAUAGUUUCAUUAAUUUAUCGAGUCAGGGGGAAGAGGAUAUGGUGGCCGUAGUGAAUGAUGUGGAGGUGGUCAAUGCUGUUACUGAUGAGGAUGUACCUUUGGACCCUGAAAUUCGGGCCAUUGCCGAGGAUUUGAGAGUUCAGUUUUUGAAUUUUGAGUCUACCAGCAGAACCGUGGCAUUAGCAAAUGAGAUUCGUGGACUGUGCUUAAAUGAAAGAGCUAAUUCUCUGGCCAUUUUCGCCUUGAUUGAACCUUGGAGAGGUGAUGAUGAAACCACUUCCAUUUUGAUUUCGAAUCUCACAGAUAAAAUUGAGGAAGAUGAGCUUUCCUGGCCUAGUCAAGUUCUUUGCUCGUUUGUGCUUCCGAAAUUUAUGUUUUCCGAGGACCCAGCUUCUCGUUUGCUGUUAACUUCAGUAAUAGAAUUUUGUAAGCUUCAUCAGAGGGCUGCUGAGUAUGGACUUGUACUCCCUCUUAUCCUCCGAAAAGAUGGCAUUACUAAUAACAUAGGUGACAUAACUUCUCGGGUUAUUCGAGAAUGCCUGCAUCCUGCUCAUGUUACUGCUCUCUGUCAAAAGCUCUUUUGCAGCAGGAAAGAAGAGAGGAGAUUCAUGUGCCUUCCAUGCCAUCGAUGCUUCAUUUCAGAUGAACUGGUUUGGACAGAAUGGACGUUUGUUCUGCUUCAGAAUAUAUUGAAUCACAAUGUUCAUUUUACACAGGACUGUGUAGAUGAGAUUGUCUCACGGGUUGAGGAGCUAUCUGAAAGGUUCUCCGAGUCUUUGAAGUUCGGAAACUUCUUGUUGUGUUUAGUGACCAAGUGUUCUUCCUCACUGGUGUCUCAUAAGCUGGCAUUAAUUAAUGCAGUUGGACGUACCGAUACUCUCGUGACUAAGCCUGUUCUGUCUAAAUUAUCAAGCUUAUAGUUCUUCUUUGA